GAAAGAAGAAGCGGUCAAGCCAUAUAGUUUUGUAAUUCUUACGUGUUUUAUAAAAUAAAUAACCUUUUAGUUGUAUUAAAGUGUGAACAUUGUGUUUACGACUAUUAUGUGUGUUUGUGAGUGUCUGUAGUUGAUUGGAUUACCAGGAACCGCCAAAAUAACUAAAAGUUGGUUCCGUGCAUUAUGAACCAAGACCAGAAAAUAAGAUACAAGUUAGAACUAACAUGAGUCAGAGAGACAAAGUAAAUGAAUUCGAGUUAGGACGUAUACGAGUCCUACAGGAAGAACGUCUACACAUCCAGAAAAAAACUUUCACAAAAUGGAUGAACUCAUUUUUAUCAAAGGUGCGUAUGGAGGUGGAGGACCUCUUCGUCGACCUGGCAGACGGAAAAAAACUACUAAAACUGCUGGAACUUAUUUCUGGCGAAAAGUUACCGAAACCUAAUAACGGAAGGAUGCGGGUUCACAAGGUGGAGAACGUCAAUAAAAGUUUAGCGUUCUUGCACACAAAAGUCCGAUUGGAAAGUAUAGGUGCCGAAGAUAUUGUCGACGGUAAUCCCAGGUUGAUCCUGGGGUUAAUUUGGACCAUCAUCCUCCGUUUCCAGAUCCAAGAAAUUGAAAUUGAUGUGGACGAAGAAAACGAAAGUUCAGAAAAAAAAUCAGCCAAAGAUGCACUUCUGUUGUGGGCUCAACGUAAAACUCGUGGUUACCAAGGUGUUAACAUCCAAGAUUUUUCGUCUUCUUGGAGAAAUGGUUUAGGCUUCAAUGCUCUUAUACAUUCCCACAGACCAGAUUUGUUCGAGUACGAAAAAUUAAUGCAAAACAAAAAUAUCGAUAACCUAAAUCAUGCUUUCAACAUGGCAAACGAUGAAUUAGGCAUACCAAGCAUUUUAGAUGCUGAAGAUAUUGAUAAUACAAGACCUGAUGAAAAGAGCAUAAUGACGUAUGUAGCUUCAUAUUACCACACGUUCGCCAGGAUGAAGAACGAAGAGAAAUCUGGAAGAAGAAUUGCCAAGAUUAUCCACAAAUUGGCCGAUUUGGAUAAGAAAAAGAUAAGCUACGACAGCCUUUUCACAAAUCUCCUGGGAUGGAUACAAAAGAAGAUUGUCGAAUUGGAAGACAGGAACUUUCCGAAUUCUAUCGAAGGAAUACAAACACUUAUGGCUGAGUUUAUGGUAUAUCGUACGAAAGAAAAACCUCCAAAAUACAACGAAUUAAGCGAAAUUGAAGCUUUAUAUUUCAACAUCAAUACACAAUUAAAGGAACUUAAGCAGGCAAUGUUCAAUCCAGCUGAAGGAAAGUUAGUCCAGGACAUCGAGCGUGCUUGGGAACAACUGAAGAGGGCCGAGCAUCGCCGAGAAGUCGAUCUAAGAAACGAACUUCUCCGACAACAAAAACUUGAAUUGCUUAAUUUUAAAUUUGAUCAGAAACGUCUUCUUCGUGAAGGGUAUUUAAAAGAAAUGAUGCAAGUACUUUCUGAUCCCAGAUAUGGUUCGAACUUCACACAAGUGGAAGCAACUAAGAAAAAACACGAAGCUAUAAGUACAGAUAUUUUGGAACGCGAGACGAGAAUACACGAUUUGUCGCAAAUGGCCAAGGAAUUAGAAAAGGAGAACUACAGAGACGCUGCAAGCGUCAAAAUUAAAGAAGCUGAAAUAAUGAAGUUGUGGAAUGCAAUACGAGAUCUAUUAAAUAAACAUAAAGAUAAUUUAAAUAGAAUGUCUGGCAUUAUGAUUCUUAAUCGCGACAUUGAAACUGCUUUAGCUAGUAUUUUACAUUUACGCAGCGAUCUAAAUUCAAUAGAUACUGGAAAUCAUUUAAUAGCAGUUGAAGAAUUGCUACACCGGCACGCAUUACAGGAAUUACAAAUUUCAUCGCUUGGCGAAACAGAGAAAAAAUUAAAAAGACAAGCUGAACAGUUGAAUACUGUUAAUCCCAAAGAACAAGAAAUAAUUGAGAAAAAUUUAAAAGAAUUAUCCAAUGCAUAUGCAGAUUUAUGCAAAGCUGGCGCUAUAAGGAAGGCGAUUCUUGAGGAAGCAAGAAAUUUCUAUCAAUUCUUACAAGAUCAGGAAGACGAAGAGUCCUGGUUAAUUGAAAAACAAAGAAUAUGUCAAGCUGGAAUAACUGCUAAAGACUUAAGAGGUGUUCUGUCUCUACAACAAAAACAUAAAGCAUUGAUGGAUGAAAUCAAGGCAAGAAAAAAUAAGUACGACCAACUGGGAGCCACAGGAAAGCAACUUAUAGGUGAAAAACAUCCAAGAUCCGCCGAAAUCCACCAGCAUUUAAACCAGAUCAUAAACGAAUGGGAAUUACUGGAUAAGCUUGCAGAUGAAAGAGCCAAGCAGUUACAAGACGCUGCAGAAGCAUACGAAUUCUAUGCUGACGCUAACGAAGCUGACUCCUGGCUACACGAAAAAAUCGCUAUAGUACGAUCCAGUGACUAUGGCUCGGACGAACCCAGCGCACAGGCCCUGCUUCAGAGGCACAAAGACUUGGAGGGUGAGGUGAAAGCUUAUGGUGAAGAUGUCGACCGUUUGAAUUCACAGGCAGAAAAAUUGGUUGCUGCAGGCAUUCCUAACUUAUUUUUAAACCAGCAACCAGUAUCAACAGAACCUGUGGAAGAGGUUACUUAUGAAGAACGUUUAAUACCUACAGAGGUAUACGAAGAUGUUCCCGUGGAAAAGGUGGAAUAUAAAAUUAUAAGAGAAGAGAAAAAAGUACCGCAGGUUAAGGCCUUAUACCCAUUUGAUGAUCAUGGUUUUAGGAUGUCAAAGGGCGAAGUAAUGGUGCUUUUAAAUAACAACAAUCCUGACUGGUGGUGUGUUAGGAAACUGGACGGCACUUCGGAAGGAUUUGCACCAGCUAAUUACGUUCAAGUUAUCGAACCGCGGGUUGUUUCUGUGCCAGUAAAGAAAGCAGAAACUAUAAAAACCAUACAGAGAAAGAAGGUGACAAAAAUGGUUAAAACUAAGGUACCCAUUAAGAAAAUUAACCACCCAAGACAAGUCCAACGAAAAGUGGACGAUAAUGACAGUGUGCCCAAGAGGCAGACAAAAAUUAAUGACACCUACGAUGAACUAAAAGUUCUUACAGAUAAGAGACAUUCACUCCUUGAUGAUGCUGUAAGGCUCUUUCAGUUCUACAAAGAAUGCGACGACAUUGAAAAAUGGAUUAAAGACAGCGAGAAACUUCUUUUUACUGAUGAUCCAGGCGAUAACGUAUUACAAGCAAAACGUAAAUACGAAAAAUUCCUUACAGACUUUUCCGGAAACAGCAAACGCAUGGAAGAACUUGGAGCAAACGUAAAAGACUUUGAAAAACAGAACCAUUCUCAAAUCGAUAAGGUUCAUGCAAGGCACAGGCAGAUACAGCAGGCCUGGAAACGACUAGAGAGGCUCAAGGAAACAAAAGAAAAAAGCCUGGAAGGUGCAAGCAGCGUAGAAUUGUACAACAAACUAUGCGAUGAAGCUAAGGAUUGGAUGACAGAAAAAAUGAUGCAGUUGGAUACUGAGGUGCUUGGUCAUGAUCUUAAGACAGUUCAGGCAUUGCAAAGACGUCACGACAAUCUGGAAAGGGAGUUGGCACCUGUAGAAGACAAGGUCAAGAAAGUUAAAUUGUUAGCACAGCAAGUGCAAUCUUCAUAUCCAAACGAAAAACAGAACGUUAAAAGAACAGAAAAACAAAUUGAUGACCUUUGGGAUCAAGUUGUAAACAAAGCCAUUGAACGCAGAGCUAGACUUGAAGAUGCCGUUGGUCAGCAAAUUUUUACCAAUAGCUAUAAAGAUUUACUAAGGUGGGUUACCCAUGUCAAGGAGCAACUUAACGCUGAUAACAUAGUAAGAGACGUACAAACGGCGGAAACUUUGCUUAAAAACCACCAAGAUCUAAAACAUGAUAUCAAAGCUAAAGACGAUGAAUUCAAUCAGGUAGCAAGUCUAGGAAAUAAGUUAAUGAAAAAUAAUCCAAAUAUCACGGAAGUUCCUGAACAUAUAAUGAGAUUAAAUGAAGAACAAGCAGCUAUUGCCAGGGGUUGGAACGAAAAGGAUAAAUGGUUAAAACAAUGCUUGCAGCUUCAGAAAUUUAAUAAGGAAGCUGACAAAAUUGAUGCUUCUACUUCAGCUGCACAAGCAGUUCUUGAGUAUCCAGAAUUAGGAAACUCUUUGGAUGAAGUAGAAGUACUAGUUAAACAGCACAGAACCUUUAUGAAUACUUUGGCUGCACAAGAUGAAAGAGUCAAUGGUUUAAGUAAAACUGCGGAUGCCUUAAUUGCUGAAGAACAUUACGAAACUAAAGGAAUUGAUAGUAAACGAAACCAAGUAAUCAAAAAACGCGAAGCAGUUAAAGUAGCUGCCCAAAAACGUAACAAUGCUUUGGAUGCCUCUAAAAACUUCCAGGAAUUCUGCGCAGAAGUCCACGAUUUGCGGGUAUGGAUGGCAGAUAAGCAAAAAACAGCGUCGGACGAAAGUUACCGAGAUCUAGCAAACCUCGAACGAAAAAUUCAGAAACAUGAAGCUUUUGAAAGAGAACUCCGAGCCAACGAAGGUCAACUUAGAACUGUUAAUAAGUUAGGCCAGGCUUUAAUUGCCCAGGAGAGUUUUAAAAAAGACGAAGUAGCUAAAACGUUGCAUGACUUAAACGACAAAUGGCAAAAGUUGGCGAAUAUCUCCUUAGAAAAAGGUCGAUGCCUAAGACAAGCGGAGAUACAACAAAAUUAUAAUAAUGCCAUCAGCGAUGUGCAGAAUAAAUUAGAGGAAAUUGAAGGGUUACUGAAAAGUGACGAUGUUGGUAAAGAUUUAAGAUCAUGCAGGGAUUUAUUAAAUAGGCAUGAACUAUUGGAGGCGGAUUUAUCUCAGUGCAAAAAACGUAUAGAUGACUUGCUUGAUAAAAGCAAUGAUUUGCGUGAUGAAGGUCACUUUGAUGCUGAUGGAAUAAACGAAUUAGCUUUAGCAAGUCAACAAAGACUCUCAGACUUGGAAGAUCCUGUGAACCAUCGCAAAACACUUCUAAAAGAAGCUUUGAAGUUCUAUGAAUUUGGUUUCGCCUUAGAUGCUGAAUUACAGUGGAUAAAAGAACACCUACCACAAGCUUCUUCGACAGAGUUUGGUAAAAAUUUGCACCAAACUCAAAACUUGCAUAAAAAACAUAUUAAACUUGAAGCUGAAAUCGUUGGACAUCGUCCUGUUAUUCGAAACACUUUGGAUCGAGGUGAAGAUCUUAUAAACCACAAACACCCUAACAAAAAGAAUAUUGCGGAACUAUGCGCCACUUUAGAACAAGCAUGGAAAGAGCUAGAAGAUAAAGCAGCUGACAGAUUGCAGAAAUUAGAUCUAGCCCUUAAAGCUCAACAAUACUUCUUUGAAGCCAACGAAGUGGAAUCGUGGCUAAACGAAAAAGACAAUAUAGUCGCCAGUACGGAUUAUGGUAGAGAUAGAGACGCAGCUAGUAAACUUCUUACCAAACAUAAAGCUAUAGAACUAGAACUUGAUACUUAUAACAACAUUGUAUCCGAGAUGGGUCACGGCGCUCAAGCCAUGAUAAAAUCCGAUCAUCCAGAUUCCAAACUUAUCGGGGAGAGACAAAACAGCUUAGAGCAUUUGGUUAGGAAGCUUCAAAAGAAAACAGCUGUGCGACAACAUAGACUAAUGGAGUCAUUGUUCAGGCACGAGUACUUUGCUGAAUCGGCUGAGCUAGAAAGAUGGAUUGCGGAUAAUUUGCAGCAAGCUUCAUCUGAAGAUUAUGGACAGGAUUAUGAACAUUUAAUUGUCCUUAAAACCAAAUUUGAAGAUUUUCAAAGACAGAUUGAGGCAGGGCAGGAUAGAUUUAAGCAAUGUGAAGAUCUUGCUCAGAAACUGAUUGAUAAUAAAAGCCCAUAUAGCAGUGACAUUGAAGAUGAACAACAACACUUAGACAUGAACAAUUCUUCCGAAGCUACCGAAGCAGUCUUGGCAAGGCAUGAACAAAUUCGGGCGGCUUGGCAGAACUUACACGAUCAAAUGAAUAAAAGGGAUGCACAGCUUCAAGCAGCUGGUGAAAUCCACCGAUUUCACAGAGACGUUAAUGAUGCUCUACAAAGAAUUCAUGAAAAAAAUGCCGCUUUAGGCACAGACUUGGGACGCGAUCUUAACUCUGCCUUGGCUUUAUUAAGAAAACAUGAAGCUUUCGAAAAUGAAUUGGUUGUUCUUGAAGCACAGUUACAAGUACUUGUGGAGGAUGCUUCAAAAUUACAAAAGUUAUAUCCAAGCAAUAAAUCAUCUAUUCAAAAACAACAAGAAAAUGUUGUUAAUGAUUGGGACAUGUUGAAACAAAAAUCCGACUUAAGAAAAGAAAAGCUACAAGCUAGCGUAGAUGUGCAGAAGUUCCUUACCCAAGUGCGCGAUUUAAAAAACUGGGCUCACAGUUUAAGAUUGGACAUGAGUGCUGAAGAACCAGUCAGAAGCGUAGCAAGAGUGCAACUAUUAAAAAGCGAACACGAAGCUGUGAAAGGUGAAAUUGAAGCUAGGGAAGCCAACUUUGAAGAUCUUGCUAAUAACUUAGAGGCCAUGGAACAAACCGGUCACUACGCAGCUGCGGAAGCUGCUAAACGAUAUGAAAUUCUCAUUAAAGCAAGAGAAGAUUUGCAUACCGCCUGGCAGAGGAAAAAAAUAUAUCUGGAUCAGCUUUUGGAUCUGCACGUUUUUUUAAGAGAGACGAAGCUCAUAGAAGAUGCUACAAAUGUUCAAGAAACAACUUUAAACAAAACCGACUUUGGAGAAACUGUGGAUGAAGUUACCAAUCAACUUAAAAAACAUGAAGAAUUUGAAAAGCUUGUACAACUUCAGGACAGAAACGUUGAUGUACUGGUACAAACUGGUAACAAACUACUUGGUCAAAAUCACUUUGACAGCCAGACUAUUGCAGAUAAGCUUGUAGAAAUACAGAAAAGAAGAAGGCAUAUUCACGAUCUCUGCAAACGCAAACAAGAAUUACUUAUGGACAGCCUUUUGUACGCAGAAUUUAAUAGAGAUGUGUCAGAAGCUAAAGUUUGGAUUGCCGAAAAGCAGAAGAAACUUGAAGUGGAUCUUAAGAUCGGCGAAGUUAGUAAUCUAGAAGACAAGAUUAAGAAACUACAAAAACACCAAGCAUUUCAAGCUGAAGUAAAAGCCAAUACUUCUAGAAUUGAGAAAAUAAUGUCAAGUGGUAUAGAACUAGCCAACAAAAAUCACCAGGAAUCGCCAGAGAUCGCCAAACAAGCGAAAGAACUUGACGUUGCCUGGAGACAGCUUUUGCAAGAAAUGAUGCUGAGAGGUAGAGGAUUGGAAGAAGCCCAAGAUAUUCUUGAGUUCAACAACCAACUAGAUAAACUGGAAACUUGGAUAAGAGAUAAGGAAGUCAUGAUUCAAGCUGGAGAUACCGGCAAAGACUACGAACAUUGUCAACAACUUCAAAGGAAAUUGGAUGACGACAUGAAAAUCGACGACACGCGUAUUCAAGAUAUAAAUGCUUUGGCUAAUAAGCUUUCCAAACAGGGACACUCUGGAGUUACAGAACGAAGAGAUAACUUCAUUAAAAAAUGGCAAUCGCUGCAAGGAGCAUUGGAAGACUACAGAAAUAAAUUAGCUGCGGCUUUAGAUAUCCACGUUUUUGACAGGGACAUAGCUGAUACGUCAGAAAGAAUCGCAGAAAAACAUGUUACAUUAAGCUCUGAAGAUGUUGGUAAAGAUUUACCAGCGGUCGAAGGUUUAUUAAGAAAGCAAGAAGCAUUAGAAAGUGAAGUUAAAGCAGUGGAAGAAAAGAUUAUUCACGAUCACCAGAAGAACGCUAUUCUACUCAGCGAACAAUAUCCUGCAAAUACAGAUCAUCUGCAAAGUAAACUUGAAAGUUUGUCUGAUAACUGGAAUAAAUUAAAAAUGGCCGAAGACCAACGCAAAAAUGCCUUACGUAAUGCUUAUAUUCACCAUAAAUUCCUAAGUGAAGUCGGCAAAUUGGACCAAUUUGUUGAUGAAACAAUUAAAAGAAUGAACGCUAACCAAGACCCCAGAAAUAUAUCCGAAGUUCAAGACCAACUAGAAGCUCACAAUGAGCUAAGGGCCGAAAUUGAUGGUCGUAAUCAAGCAUUCAAAGAAGCAACUGAACAUAUCAAGAAUUUCCCUGGUAAAAAUCAUCCGCAAAUUUUGGAAAAUAUCGAGCACGUUCAGUCUCUACAAGAGAGGCUCGACGAUGCCUGGCAACAAAGGAAGCAGGAUUUGUCAAAUCAAUCGGACGUCCAGAGAUUCAAAGAUCAAGCAAAUCAACUUAAUGGACUGCUUGCGUCUAAGGAGGCUUUCCUUAACAACGACGAUGUUGGUGAUACACCUAGAAAUGUAGAAAUAUUGCUUAGAAAACAUGAAGAUUUUGAAAAUACCACCAAGCAACAGUUGUCAAAAGUAAAAGAUCUAGAACAAGAAGCCAAGAAAAUAAUAGAACGCGAUAGCAAUUCACAUGAAGUGCUAUCUAAAUUACAGUCGAUACUUAACAGAAAGAAUAAAUUGUUGGAAAAAUCAGAAAAUCGUAAGGAAAUUCUAAAGAAAUCGAAGGCCCUGCAAGAGUUUUUGAGAAACCUCAACGAAAUCCAAUCUUGGAUUGACCAAAAGCUACAAAUUGCUGGCGAUGAGAACUAUAGAGAACCAACAAACUUGCAAAGUAAGAUACAAAAACAUGCUACUUUUGAAGCUGAAGUUUUUGCUAGCGGCGAACGCAUACAAAACGUGGUCGAGGAAGGUAAAGAGUUAAUAGGAUGCAAACACUACGCAUCUGAUGAUAUCGCACUACAGCUAGAUGAUCUAGAAAACGAUUGGAAACAUCUUCAAGAAUUAUCAAAUUUGAAGAGAGAUAGGUUAAAUGAAGCCCAUCAAGCUCUUCUAAUCAACAGAACUAUAGAUGAGUUUGAGACAUGGUUAGAUGAUAUUGAAGAACAUGCCAAGUCAACAGAUACAGGAAAAGACUUACCAAGCGCAAACAACUUAUUAAAACGUCACCAAGCAAUCGAAAAAAAUUUCCAUCAACAUAGCGAAAACUGCGAAGCUAUAAACGAAGCUUCAGAGCAAUUCACUAAGAGCGGACACUUUAUGAGCGAGGAAAUCAAGGACAGGUCACACAGCUGCACCAGCCGUUAUGAUCAACUGAAGAGUCCGUUAAUAUCAAAAAGGGACGAUUUGGAGUAUUCAGUGAUUCUUCAGCAGCUUAUAAGGGAUAUCGAUGAUGAACUUCAAUGGUUAGAUGAUAGGGAACCACUUGCAGCAUCGAAGGAUCUCGGAAAAACACUGUCUUCUGUCCAAAUAUUAAAAAAGAAACACCAGGCUCUUGAAGCGGAGUUGGCUUCUAGACAAUCCAUCAUUACCUCGUUAAUUAAGAGAGCAAAUAAUGUGGUAAGAAGUCCAAAUGCAGGGUCUGAGAUCGUGAACAGCAAAACAGUUGAAAUCAAGGAGAAAUUUGCCAAUAUUUCUGAUUUGGCCAGCAUUAGAAGAUUGAGAUUACAAGAUUCUUUGGAAGCACAAACGUUCUACCAAGAAGUGUCUGAAGCUGAAGCAUGGAUUAACGAUAAAUAUCCACUUUUAGUCAGCAAAGAAGUAGGCAAAGAUGAAACAACGGCUCAAUCUCUAAAAAGGAAACUACAAGGAGUUUUUUUGGAGUUACAAGGCUUCAAGCCAACAAUCGAUAAAAUUAACAAAGUUGCGGAUAAUUUAAUAGAACGUGAACACUUUGACGUCAAAAAUAUCGAAGCUAAGAAAAACGAGGUUGUAAAACAGUUUGCAACCUUAAGCAAGCUUGUAACUGAAAGGGAAGUAAGACUUUCUGAAGCUUUACAAUACUUUGGGUUCGUACAAGAGUAUAACGAACUUCAAGAAUGGAUGAAGGAUCAACAAAUUAAAACCGACUCUGAUGAUUAUGGUAACGACUUGGAGCAUGUGGAAUUGUUAAUUCAAGCAUUUGAAACGUUCUACACCAGCUUUGCCAACAGUGAACCAAGAAUACAAUCUUGCGUUGAAAAUGGAAACAUCAUUAUGGAAUCUAAGAGCAGCUACAGUCCGGAUGUUAAAGCUAAAGUUGAAGAGGUUAAGUUGGCCUGGAAAGAUUUAUGUGAGUUGGUGGCAGCUAGAAGAGAGGCUUUGGCAGGCGCCAAAAAGGUACAUUUGUUUGAUAGAACAGCAGAAGAAAUAAUAUCAUGGAUUGAAGAAAAAGUUACUGAAGUAAACUACAAUAACUACGACUUGGAUUCUGAAGCUGUUGCGCAGAAUAUCAGAAGGCAUCAAGCAUUAGAAAACGAAAUGAAGAUAAUAAGAGAUAAGAUAGAGAGCAUCAAACAAGAUGCAGAUCGAUUAAUAGAGGAAUUCCCUGAUACCAAAGACCAUAUCGACGAUAAAGUUCUUACAACAGAACAAGCUUGGGAAGAUUUGACUAAAACAGCGGAACACAGGAAAAACCAUUUAUUUGUUGCAGAACAAUUGCAAUCUUACUUUGAUAAAUAUCACGACUUAUUGGCCUUUAUAAACGAAAUGCUGGCUAAGAUUACAGCUCCAGAUUUACCCCAAGAAAUAUCAGAAGCAACUUUACUUAUUGACUUGCACAAUGAAUACAAAAUUGAAAUUGACAGGAAACAUCCGGAAUUCCAGAAAUUCUAUGCUGAUGGUGAAACAUUAGUGAAAGAGUCGCAUAUAUUUUCGAAUGAUAUAAAGGACAAAAUAGCCGUUCUAAUAAAUAGAAUGGAAAUUCUUUAUAAUAUUUGGCAGCAAAGAUACAUAAUUUAUGACCAAAACUUAGAUGUAGUACAGUUUAAGAGUGAAGCCAACGCUUUAGACAACUGGUUAGCAGUUAGAGAGGAAACCUUGAAAGAAAACACAGUUGGCGAAAAUAUAUUACAUGUUGAGGAUUUAAUUAGGAAACAUGGCGAUUUUGAGGAAACAAUUAAAGCGCAAGAGGAAAAAUUCGAGAACCUCAAAAGAAGAACUAAAGUGGAAGAAGCAUUCGCGCAGCAAUUACGCAGAGAAAACUUGGCUAGAAAAGUUGAAAAGGAAAGGGUUGAACAGGAACGUAUUGAGACUAGGAAAAGAAUGGAGAUGCAGCGAAUUGCCGAGCAAAGGACGAAGGAGCAAUACAAAGCACCAAAGGAAACGCCAGAGGAAAGAGUCAAUGGCAACCAUCACAAACCCUACGUCCCGGCCAAUGAUAUACCAUCAGCUCCAAGUGUAAGAAAAACAAACUCCAUUAAUUCCUUUGAUAGAGAGAAGACGAGACGUGGUACCGAACACACAGUCAAACGGGCCGAAAGUAUGCGGGUCGCACCUGCUGGUAGACCACCAAAGAGAACUCCCUCGUUCAAUACCAGGCGAAGAGGCUCUAAGGUGGCUGAGAAUAUAUCAUCCUUCCAACCAAUUUUACAAGUGGAAGUGGAAAACUUUCUGGACAGAAAGCAACUGCUAACCUCAGGGGGUAAAAAAUCUUCCAGUAGAACAUGGAAGAACUCCUACGCAGUACUUUGCGGGCAACUUCUUUGCUUCUUUAAGAAUAAAGAUGAUUUCCUAGCUAAAAAGGCAACGUGCCCGCCCAUUAAUAUCCAUAAUUCCAUGUGUUCCGUCGCGGACGAUUAUCAUAAAAGGAAACACACGUUUAGGCUGCACGUUACCGAUGAUUCCGAGUAUUUGUUUGCUUGCUCUACCGAGCCAGAAAUGUGGGAAUGGAUUAAUAAAAUCAAGUUUAGAGCGCGGUUAGACCCUAGUCAACAGUUAAUUAGUUUUGACAUUUCUAAGGAUCAUGAAUUUGAAAUAAGUUCACAAUCAAGUAGAACUUCCAGCCCAGAUGUAGUAGAUACUGUCACUUUAAGACAUGAUCCAACAUUUACAAAUGGAAGUGCCUCAUCAGGUUCGAGUAGACACACACUGGGCGAAAGUCCACCACCGUUACCAAUAUCGGAUCCUCCAACAAAUAAUUACGCAAGUCGUCCUUAUAGCGUCGAGUCGAGUGGACAUUUUUAUGAUUCUACAUAUUCCCCUCAAAAGUAUGAUAACAACCACAGAAAUUCUGAUCCACAAUCAGAGAAAAAAUUCUUAAAUAGGUUCUUUGGAAACAAGAAACGUUCUUCCAAUAUGUAGAUACUAGUUUUUUUAGUUUUUUUUAAGUUAUUACUCCUAUAUAUCCAUUAGUUUUAUUGAUUGUAAUAAUUUUGUAUAUAAAUAUAUUUCCUUUUUAAUUUGUAUUGCUA